UCCUGCCAUCCGCGCUCCAGAGUACACAGCUGUACGCCAGCGGUUAUGGCAUGCUAUGGACCGCUAUUUUAUCUCUCCAUCACCUUCCAUCUCUUGAGGAUGCAGGUGUGCGCGGUUAACUUCCAAAUCCCAACUGUAUCGCGUUUGGAAAACGGCGUUUCGAGCGGCCUUUCCACAUUUUGAGAUAGGCAUAAGGCGAGAGCGUUACUUUGUGUCGGGACAAACGGGAGCGUCGCACAGUUCCAUUCCAUUUAUUAGAUGAUUGAGUGUUCCUGAGGUGUGAUCUGAACCCCAUCAAACCCAAACAGAGCCGUUCUAGAUCUGACAUGAAGUCGUUCGGAUACGUCUAGAUCUCCUGCCACGUCUCGGUCUUCGAGGGCUGAAGUUGCGUUUGCAACAGAGCUAUAUGAAUCCAUAAUAUCGCUUUCUCCAUCAAAAAUCUCCAAAUUGGAUUUGAUGAAACAAACUCGUCUAGAUCUUGGAUGCCCUGAGGGUGGACAGACUGGCCGGCACAAUGAAGGAGGAGAACUUGUUCCGCAGACGGUUCUCUCUCUGUCCCACAGCCACCUCGCCUCCCAAGAUCGACUCGCGUGUGCUGACCCGCAACCUGUCCUAUGGAGGAGACAAUGAACUGUACCCGCUCAGCCCAGGGAAUGAAUCGGAGAGGAACGGUUUGCCCUUACUGAGGGACGAGGUCAGCCCGGUCCGCUCACCCAGCAGCGCGUCGGAAUCCAGGAUGUUUAUCGGUUUGGAGAAGGAGUCUUCCUCGCCCACGGAGAAGCUGGCAAGGAAAGAAUCGCUUAAGGUUCAGAAGAAGAACUAUCGACAGGAGAAGAAGAGGGUCGCCAAAGAACUGUUCAGUGCACUUAAGGAUCCAAGUGUGGUUAUUAUGUCCAACUGGCUAAAGAUUCGGGGGACGUUGAAGAGUUGGACGAAAUUGUGGUGCGUCCUAAAGCCCGGCAUUCUCCUGAUAUACAAGACACCUGGUUCAGACCACUGGGUGGGAACGAUUCUUCUCAACGCCUGCAAACUCAUCGAAAGACCCUCAAAGAAGGACGGAUUCUGCUUCAAACUCUACCAUCCGCUGGACAAGUCCAUAUGGGCCAUGAAGGGUCCUAAAGGGGAAUCUGUGGGCUCCAUCACUCAACCCUUGCCUAGUAAUUACCUGAUCUUCAGAGCAGCGUCUGAAUCUGAUGGACGCUGUUGGAUGGACGCUCUGGAGCUGGCGCUCAGCUGCUCCAGCCUGUCGAAGAUGACCGCGAAGAGCGGCAGGGAUGGAGAUCAGAGCGGCUCCUCCGAGUCCUCACACAUACUGCAGCUGCUGCAGAGCUCGGCUCUCAUUGACCAGGACCUGCUUCCUUUGAAUGACUCCAUGUUGGAAAACCAUAUGGAGAACGAUGCCAACUCGGACAAAUCAGAGAGGGAGGCGCAUGAAGACUCAGACAAUGGGGCCAAUGAGAACGGAGGCAGACUGACGGAGGAGAGCGAUAUGGACCAAUCGGAUGACGUGUGCCUGCAGGCCACGGUGUUUGUUGAAGAAGCCCAUGAAGAGAUGGGAGAGGCUGGCGAGGCGUCGCAGGUGGAGACAGUCUCUGAGGAGAAUAAGGGUUUGAUCUGGACUCUCCUGAAGCAGCUGAGGCCAGGGAUGGACUUGUCUAAAGUGGUUUUGCCGACGUUUAUCCUGGAGCCGCGUUCAUUUCUGGACAAGCUGUCGGAUUACUACUAUCAUGCCGACCUGUUGUCCCAGGCUGUGAUGGAGGAGAGCCCGUACAGCAGGAUGAAGCAGGUCUUGCGCUGGUAUCUGUCAGGCUUCUACAAGAAACCAAAGGGGCUGAAGAAACCGUACAACCCUAUUCUAGGAGAGAUGUUUCGAUGCUGCUGGCUGCAUCCACAAACAGACAGCUGUACAUUCUACAUCGCAGAGCAGGUUUCUCAUCACCCUCCAGUUUCAGCUUUCUACAUCAGCAAUAGGAAGGACGGAUUCUGCAUUACUGGAAGCAUUCUGGCCAAAUCCAAGUUUUAUGGGAACUCGCUGUCUGCUAUACUUGAUGGAAAGGCCAGGCUGUUGUUUCUCACCCGAGAUGAAGAGUAUAUCAUCACAAUGCCGUACGCUCACUGUAAAGGGAUUCUGUAUGGUACAAUGACAUUAGAACUUGGCGGGAAAAUCACCAUUGAGUGUGAAAAAACACAAUGUUACACAGAACUUGAUUACAAAUUGAAGCCUUUUCUUGGCAGCUCUUGCAACGUUAACCAGAUUUCUGGAAAGAUCCGUUUGGGGGAAGACGUUCUGGCUACAGUGGACGGGCACUGGGACAGUAAAGUGCACCUGACUGAGAAGAGGACGGGCCAGCAGGAGGUGCUGUGGAACCCCGGUCCAGACAUACGCAGACAGCGGCUGAAGAGACAGGUGGUGCAGGUGGAUCAGCAGGAGGCGUUCGAAUCUGAGAGGCUGUGGCAGCAUGUGACCAGAGCCAUUAACGAUAAAGACCAGAUGAGAGCCACGCAGGAGAAGUUUGUGCUGGAAGAGGCUCAGCGGCAGGAGGCCCGAGAGCGAGCCGAGCGGCCCUGGAACCCACGACUCUUCACCUUCAACUCCGACACCAAUGAGUGGCACUACAAAUACCCCGACACUGAGGCGUGGGAUCCGGAGCACUGUCUGCUGCAGUUUGAGAAAGACGGCGUCAUCCAGACUAAAGAGAAAUCCCAGCGCCAGCGCAGCAGCUACACCUACAGCCAGAACUGGGCUGCACAGCAGAAGGUGCGGGUGAAUGGCAAACACAGGAAGUCGAGCAGCCAGCCGUCCAGCUGCAGUCAGAACACAGAGAGCAGCAGCAGCACACCAGAACCCAACCAUGAGUCAUCUGACAACGAAGGCUUUAUGAACCAGUGUGCGAGAUGCACUAAAGAAGUGAAGGACAUCGCCCUCAUAGAGACCUCGGUAGCAGCUAUACAGAAAACACAGCAGGACAUCCAGAGAAACCUGAGUGCACUGGGACGUCAGAUCACGCGGCACAAGACGGCGGAGGAGAGCAAGUCCUUGAGCGGCCGCCACUGUCUCAUCCUCUGCAUGCUGUUGCUCUUCCAGCUACUCAUCAACUACGUCUUCACUUGAGAUGCUGUCACCUAUCGACCAUCGCCUUGCAAUAAACACAGCCAAACUAUCACCGCCACACAGCCCGUUGAAUGCCCCGUCGCGAUGUUGCUACCGACUGUAGCCACACCAUCAAGCACUAAGCACUUCAAUUAGAGAGAAAGAGACUCUUGUUUUAAUUAAUAUGACCGAUAAUCAGAGUGGAUGUAAAACGCUGUACUGCCACUCUCGGUAACUGACGUAUUCUCUCUUUCCUACGUACUUCCCUUUCUCUGCAAUAUAGGCCAUGUAUUUGUGGCAUAUUUGAAUGCAGUUGAAUGGGUUUGUGUGUCUGUGUGCGUGUUUCCCACAAACUCCUCUUCCAUUUAUACAUCGGGCCUUAAUACUGAUGCCAAAAAGCUAGGAAAAAGAAACGAAAAGGCAGUGAAGUCCACCAGUGCAAUUUUAUUAUGCUUUCAAGUGAACCUCUGACCACACAAAUUUGCUCAUUUUAUUAUUUAACCAAAACAGUGUUUCUGUAUAGAACAAUACAAAGAAGAGUAAAUGUUUACAAACUUGAUUGUACACAAAGGAAACAAUGCUCUGACACCAAAUGCGUCGUGUAGAUGUAGAUGAAGUUAACAGAAUCGGCGAAAGCACUACGAUAACAGAAUGAACAAUCAGCCAUAAGACUAUGGCAAGCCAAUUUAACAUUUAAUCCUUAAAACAUACUAGUAUCCAGUUUCAUACUACUAGUAUAUAUUUUUAGCUACUAGUAUGUAUUCCAUUAAGUACUAGUUCUUAUUCAUUAGCUACUAGUUAUAAUUCAUUAGCUACUAGUACUUAUUCAUUAGCUACUAGUUAUAAUUCAUUAGCUACUAGUACUUAUUCAUUAGCUACUUUUUCUUUUUCAUUAGCUAUUAGUUUUUAUUCAUAAGCUACUAGUUCUUAUUCAUUAACUAGGCCUCCUAGUGAUUACUCUUUAGCUCAGGGCUGUCCAAACUCGG